UGUCAAAAUAAAGACUACUGACUACCCAUACUGAUCGACGACGUUCGUUCAAUAGAAUAAUUUUCUGCUCAUAAAUACAAUUCAAUCUGUGUUUGAUAGAGAGUGGCUAGUACCAUGAUCAACACACAACAAGCACUCCCAAUGAUAGGGGUUACUCUUGUGGAGGACUUCGUCAAGAACCCUCCACCGUAUUUCCAGGUUCAGCAUUGUGUCAGGCAUCCUGUGAUAAGGCCCGUACCCGAACGGGUCAAUCUCUGUGCUCAUGACAAAUCACACGAAGCCUGGUUUCCAGAUUCCAUGGGAAGAAUUUUGAAAGUUUCAACAGUGGCCCAGUACGACCAGCUUGUUCAGAGAUUGCUGACACGCCCUCUGGUGUUUGAUGUCAAGUUGGAGAGGAGGCACAAGUCAGGAAGGACCCGCUACAUCUUGAAAUGUGACAUCAUUGUGACAGUCAACACAUCACAUCCUGUCAUCCAGACUCAGAUGAUGCAGAUCUUUGAUGGAGGAAGAGAGGACAUUGUCAAUGGUCGGAACUUUGCCCUUGAGUUCAACUUCAACAGCAUUCUUAAAGGCUGGUUCAGGACAGUCCACCAGGGGCAAGAUAGCCUCCUUUUCAAUACGACUUACCACUGCGCUUAUGCCAAUAUUGUGGUGACCAACUCGACCGAGUUCAACAGCAUGUAUUCCUUUUCGCCGGAAGGUGUCUGUAUGUUUCUCAUGUGCCUGCCGUGCUGUAUCUUCAUGUGCCCAAUCUACAGGAUCUCUCGUUGCCUUACCACGGUCGACCGUGACACUGACAUCGACGGCGAGGUGUCCUACCUGACGUUCAAACGCGAGCAGCGCACAAGGCAGGACGAACUCCUGGACAUGUUCCGUCAGUACCUGGUGCAGCAGAUGAUGCAGCAAGGUAGCAGGGGAAGCAGGGAUCAGGCGUACCUUGGGGUUCCCGAGGUCACCAGGCAGCCCAGUGUUAGGGGUGGGGCACCGGUCCCUAGGGGUGCACCACCACCACCACAGGGGAGGGGGUACCCGCAGCAUCCUGCUGAGAUGUUCCAACCAUAUGCUCCCCAUCCAAUGAAUGAAAACGGCCAUGUAGAGCAUCCAGUCUCUCCCUAUGGCUAUGGGCCAACCCCACCCCCUCCCGGUGCACCCAUGCACCCCAAUCCCAUGGGACCAACACCACCACCACCACCACCAGGCGUGCAAAGAGCACCCCCUACCAUGGCCCAACCCCAAGCCCCGCCCAGUUACAGCCAGCCGUUGGGGGCCCCUGCGACUGCGCAGCCGGAGCUACCAUCGUACGACUACGUGAUGGGACAGUCCACGGAUCAAGAUCAGCUUAUCACUUGAGUAUCUCAGGCUCAGCCUUGCCCACCUAAAGGCUCCUUCACAAAUGCCGUAAUAAACCGGUUUACUGCGGCAUGGAUGAACAAGCCUUGGCACUCUUCAAAGACCUUUUCCAUUUUUUUUCCAUUGAUCUACUUAUUUCAGCAGCUUUUUACGAUUCUGAUUCAUUAACAAAUAACAUCAUUUCAAGAUGUGAUAUAACAUUUUAGUAAUCCUAUAUACAUUGAUAAAAAGGGAUUACAGCCCUUUUUAUUUUCAUACUGGGAUCGAUUGCCCAUUUUCCUCUCUGAAUCGUCUUCUUAUUUCAGAUUCAUGCUGUCUUGUGCCUGAUCCAAAUAGUGCUCUGAAGUUGGUGCAUUAUGAGGAAUUAUUUGUAACUUUAGAAAGUUUUUCUGUCAUUUUUUAUAGUGGCCAAAUCGUUAUCAUUUUCCUUCAACUCUGUUGUAAUAUUGUAGACUAUGCUAUCCCUACGCAAAGUUUGGCCAUAACAAUGGAGCUUGUUCCUGUGGUCCUUAGAGUUCUCAUAUUAUUAGCGUACUCUCUCUAUUUUGUUGUUAUAUUUCGCUUUAAUACUCAAUUUACAAACCUGUGAUGACAGCAAAUUUUGCCUUUGUAUGGAGUCAUGUAAACUCUGUAUGUGGCCACAGUGAUUGUGCCUGUUGCUUUGUUGGGCAAGCACACAGCAAAAGAAUAUGUGCCAAGUUGGAUCCAGCUGAAGCUGAGCUGGCAAAACUCUGUGCUUUUAACUCUUUAGUCUAUAGCCUGUUUAUGAUCUGUCAAAAUCUGAAUACACAUGAAUUGUAAAAAAUAAUGUAUUUUAAAUAGAAUUGUAUUACAUCAUGAGAGAGCAUAUUGAUAUAUUAAAAAUUGACAAGAUAUGUUAGACUACAUUCCCUAUAUUUCCCUUUACUCUGCUUUUCUGAACAUUUGUUUCUUAAUUUAGCAUUGUACAACUCAUUACCAUACAUUUGUAUAUUUCCAUUUAAAAAAAAAGGUGAGAUUCUGCCAUAGUGAUAGAACAGCAUGGGUUAGGCAAAGAAUAUGAAAGAGCCCCUAUGUCAGCUUUUAUCAUAAUUAAAAUCAUAUUUUCUCUCCUCACAUAUUAUAUGUAUAUUAUUUGAAUAUUAUUUGUUAUCUCUUACGAGAUAGUUCCAAAAGGUAACAUUACAUUUAGAAACUAUUAAAUAUUCUUUCGAUCAUAAAGAGAAUUAUGUAAGCGCAAUAGAUUGAUACAUUUUGAAAGGUAGACAAAAUAUAUUCGGUGCUGCUUAUUACUGUAUAUUCUGAAAUUAAAGAAGCGAUCUCGGCACUGGAGUGAUAUUUUCUUCUACAUACAGCAUAUGAAGAUUCUAGGCUUCUGAUUGGUCAAAACUGUAAGCAUGAAAUUUACUACUGCCUGCAUGGCAGUAUAGCGAAAAAAUAUUGACCAGGCAUGGUUCUAUUUGCGCAUACAAUAAAGGACGCAAUGGUUGCGCUUUAAGCUAAAAAUGGAUACGUGCUUUGAGACUGGUAAAUUUCCUUGGACUCUACGAACAGUUACGGGACCAUACUGCUACAGCUGACCUGAGAUGGCGCUAGAGGUUUUUUUUUAUGAUAGUGCUUCUAGUACAUUAAGGCUUUGAAAAUAGAAAGUAGGCAAUUACAUAAUGUAUUUACAUGUAUGUAAAAGUAAAUAAAAUAUCAAUUUUUGUUGUCUUCCAAUAGUCAAUUAGGAAGAGAUGCUGGUAGACCUAUUGCAUGCUUGUUUAAUUAAGCGAGCAUUUAGUUGAGAAAUUAAGUGAGCAUUUAGUUGAGAAAUAUAGGAUUAAGUGCUAUAUUUCAUCCUCACAGAAGAUACUGUUGUGUCUGUUAUUGUUUUUAUAUAAACCUCUCGGAAAAAAGUUUGGAAAAUUUGAGUAUGAUCAAAUAUAUCACUCUCGUCAUGGCAUAACCAUCGCUAUGUUUAGUAUCAUUUAAAUUUGGGUUUAUUCCUUUUGAAAAUGAUACCCCAUUUGUAAUGAUUUUUCAGGCAUGGAAAGUUCAGUAGAUAUGGGGCAAUUUCGAAAGCGGAAAGUUGCAAAAUGCACAGCUCUUGUUAGACUGUGCCCUAGUUGAAGUUGCCCUAUUUGGCCAGGCCUUUUCAACAGUUGUUUACCUAGGCAUAAUGCUUCAGAAAGUUGAUGACCAAACAACAGUGAAUCUUGCCUGACAUGUCACCAUAGUGCAUGAAUUCUAGUUUCAGAAUCUUUGGAAGUUGGCAUUCACGGCUGACCAGUAGGGAACAGUAGCCCACUGUCAUGAUCAAAAUCGUACUCUUUUAUGUCGAAGAAAGAAGAGUGUUCCGCAGUGCUUACCACUGCAUUUGGCAACUUUUUACUUUUGACCCUGCCCCUUAUUUUGAUGCACUGCUCAUUCUAUGGACACACCAUCAUACCAAACAUGAUAUCAUUCUAAAGAGGAAUAACCAUACUUUCUAUUGAUACUACACAAAACGAUAAUUAUGCCAUGAAAAGUGAGAUACAAUCGAUCAAACUUGAAUUGCAGAAACUUUUUUGAGGAGCUAAGUUACAGCUUUGUGUGUAGUGUCCUGAGUUGCUAGCAAUACUUAUUAAUGUACUAACUGAAUUACUUGGUCAUAUUAUCCAUGUAUUUAACUUAUAUAAUUGUUUCACCUAAUGCUGUUAUUCACAUAUAUUGUUAUAUAAUUUAAAGUGACUAAAAAUUUUGCCAAAAUUCUGUAAGAUUGUAGUUGUAGACAGUCAUCAAUAGUUUCACCUAAAUUAUACUGGCAUUGUGAUUUUAUAAAGAGAUACCAUCUGAUUUUGUUUUAAGUGAUUUCAAAUGAAUGAAAUGCCAGAAAAGAAAACUUAAAGCAUUAUUUUAAUGUUUUAUAAUGUAGCUAGUGCAAAUAUAAAAUGAACACUCUGUAAUCUGAGAAGUCGAGCAAAGACUCUAUCUUAAAGGUGUUAUUAGUAACUAUUAGUUUUCAAAUAUAAGAACUGAACACUAUCAAAAGUUCAAGCCGAAUUAAUACCAAUUGUUUUUUUAAGGUCCUCAAGUAAUAGAGCUGAACUUAAAUCUUUACCAGUUUCAUCUUUAACAGCAGAGUUGAUUAAAUGAAAGAAGAUUGGAAGAUCAUGAGAUAUUACAUGAUUGCAGCAAGACUU